UAGGCACCGGUUUAUUCUGUUCUGGCAUAUCACAUUCAGGAAAUCUGUUCUACACUGUGAAAGUUGAAACCAAAUCGUCUUUAUUUUUAGCAUUAUUUUUGUAAAACCAUGGCUGCCAAUUCCGGGGUCAAAAUUUUCCGUGACUUUCUACGUGAUAGUCCAUGUCGGAUGGCUUACCUGAUGUCACAGCCAAAGAACUUUACCCAGCACCAUUCGAAGAGCCAGCAUCUGGCGAAAGUCAUCACCUUCGAACGCCCCGGUACAGCAAGACCCAAAACAGCACCAAUGGCUGCUUCACCACUGGCGCAUGCCAUCACAGCCCACAACCUAAUUGAGGAAACUCCGCAGACACCUCAGAAACGACCAACUACCAGCGGCCGGGUUCUGAAGCCUUCUCUCAACCCAACCGGCAACGAUUUAUCCUGCGCUGGCAGCCGAAAGCCAGAUGGGAAAUCCCCACGUCACCCACCAGUUGCACCUCGUCAGCGUCCCCGUCGCCCGGCGGAUCCACCUCGCAAAACUCCAUCCGCGUCCAGCAACAAGGAAGAUAUCCGCAAACGACCUCACCAACAGAAGAAGCAGCUCGGAUCGCCACACCCCGGCCGGGACUCACCGAAGAAACCUUGCAAAAUUUGCAUCAGUGGUGAAGACUGCGCCGUUGCGGAACAAUGGCAGGAUUUACUCCUCAAUGCGCAUUCCCUUUCGUCGCACUCCAAGUCCUCGGAUGGCUUCCGCCAUCUGAUUGAAGAAAUUGAGAGAAUCCGUUCAGAAUUAGUUGCGCGAGAGGAGGUGAAGAACAUCGGCUUGAAGGAAUCCAUUGAGUUGAUCAAUGAAAUUCAACACAGGAUCAACUCUCUAUCUCCGACCAGGCCGUCAGGAGACAGCUACCUCAACCGCUUGGCGCCGUUUCAAACGGCGAUGCGUGAUUCCGAGAAGCGAGCCACGAUCAAGGCAAAGAAAUCGGUUCGGUCGUUGCGUUUCGAAGGGGGUCGCAUACUUGAGCAGGACUAUAGUAAGCUCAGUCGCCAACGUGCGGACGGUGCGACGGAAACCGUCAGAAAAGGCAAAACGAGACAGAUUGAAAAGAAAUUCGAUGAGGGUCCAUUGCGGUGUUUGCUGCCGUUCGUGAACGGGUCGCUCAAGGCUAAGCAGGUUAAAUUUUGAGAAAAUUAUAAAUUAAGCAUGAAUAAAUUUUAAA